UUAAAACAAAUAAAUGACUCGAAAUCGACGAAAUGUCAAUCGAACUGCAGUACCGCUCUGCGCACGUCAAUGGUCAAUGAAGCAAUAAGCAGCAAAAUAACAAUACCGUAAUUAAAACUAUAAAUCGUGGAGUAUAAAUAUUUUCAAUAUUGAAUCAGAUAUUCAAAAAUAAUUUUUCCCCAUGAGGCAUGAGUUAUUUUAAUAAUUUCAAGUAAUAAUGUAUUUCUCGGAAUCAGACAGGAUGUGUGGUGUAUGCGCUAAAAUGUCACUAUACUAGGUAAUGAGUUAUGGUUUACAAGAAAACUAAUUAAGUACAUGAACGUCGAGACCCGUAUACAAUUAUAUGAGUACAUAUAAAUAUAAAUUUAUAUUAAUAUUUAAUAUAUAAUUUAAAUAUAUAAUAAUAGUUCAAUGUUCUUUUUCAUUAUAUAAUAUUAUGACAAUGAUAAACAUAAUAUAUGAUCAAAUAUUUAUAUCCAAUAUGGCUCGUAUUCACUAUUCGUAAUAUGUAUAAUGUAUAAAGUAUAUAGUUAUAGUAUAUACUGUAUGUAUAUUGUAUAUUUGUAUAUACAUCAAUAGACAAUAAUCACAAAUUUAUAAAUAUUAAUUAUUAGUUAUUAUUACAUGCGGGUGGGCAUUACUAGUAUUACACUGGAUACAGGCUAAUAGGCUAUUUACAAAAUUGAAAAUACCUAUAUUAUGUCUAUUGUGUAUAUAUCAAACUCAAUCGGUAAUAAUUAUUAUUUAUUAACCAUAGGUACGUCAUUUUCCCAUUUAUUUUCUAUGAUAUCUAAUAAUUCUCAAGCCAACAAAAUUAUAAAUCAAUGGGUCAAAUUUAAAAUGUAACUUAAUUUUAAGAAAUCUGUAUAAAAUUAACUUGAAGUUAACACGUUAAAUAUGAUAAAAAAUUAACUUAUUAAGUUAAAAUUAAGUUUCCAAAAAAAAGUAACGAGUUACUUAAUUUAGUUAAUAUUAACUUAACGUUUUAACUUAAUUUUAAUUUUUAACUCGUUAAUGCCCAGCCUUGUUAUUAUGCUGUUUACACCAUUGAAAAUAAAUUUAUGCGAAUAAUGAUGAAUAUUUAGCUAGGUACCUAAAUAAUACGAUUUACCUACACUACGGCAAUUGGUAGGACAGGUACGUACAAUAGCCAUAUAAAGCUUAUUAGUUAUUAGUUAUUACCUAUCUUCCAUAUGGUACAUCAUUCAAUCAUUGUAUUUAAUUUAAUAGGUAGGUAUACCUAACUAAAUGUCGGUAAUAGUUAUAUGAACGAGUUAUUUCUUAUUAGAAUAACUGUGGAUGAGUUAUAAAUAAAAAAAAUCCCAACUUAACCUAAGUAUUCGGCAAGUAUCUAUAUCAGGUAUUCAGGUCUAUACGUGUAGUAGCCAGUAGGUAACUACUGUGCCCAUAUGUAGGUAGGUAGGUACCUUAGACUUCUGAUGUAUUUUGUUGCUUAUUAGUUUAUAACGUAAUAACUUAUUAGUACCGUCUGUACUUGUACCUAUAAUUAGGUAUUUGGUAUUCACUAAAUAGGUACCUGUAUAUUUGUACCCAUUCAAGCGUUAUUUUAAAGAUAGUUUAACGUUUUGUAAUAUAAUUGCAUGGUCAUAGUAGAACCUACCUGUAGGUAUAUGCUAAUUUUACAAUGUAAGUACACCACUGAUAGCAAAGUUACAUAAUAAUAAUUUUAAGUAGGUAGGUAAUACCUACUAUAAUAUACAACAGUAAAGAUAAUAUUAUAUUUGAACUGAAAUUACUGAAGAAGGCUGAAGAGUGAAGGGCAUUCAAAACAGAUAUUCUUGAAGGUUAUGCUAAGCGUAUCUGCAUGCAAGUACAAUGUCAAACAAGCUAUGGAAAAAAAAUUAAUCGUACCGGAUGUCAUUCGUAUUGCUCCAAAGGAAAUGUUACAAGUAUAUUAUCCAAGUGGCUUGAAAGCAGAACUCGGUAAUGAACUAACACCCACUCAGGUGAAAGACCAGCCAUCAGUUAGAUGGAAUGCCGAACCUUACUCAUUUUACACAUUAUGCUUAACUGAUCCGGAUGCUGGAAAAUUAAAGGAAUUUCACCAUUGGUCGGUAGGAAACAUACCAGGUGCAGAUGUGAGUAUGGGGGAGACCCUAACUGCGUAUGUUGGUUCUGCAACUCCACCAAAAACAGGACUUCAUCGUUACGUGUUUUUAGUAUACAAGCAACCAUCAAAAUUGGUAUUUGAUGAGCAGCAUAUAAGCAAUAAAACUGCUGAAAACCGUUUUAAGUUUUCAAUUCAUAACUUUUCAAAGAAGUACAAAUUAGGAACACCUGUUGCUGGUAAUUUCUAUCUGGCACAAUAUGAUGAUUAUGUUCCAAUUUUACUUCAUCAACUCGGAGUUCAGUAAUUGAUUAUUAAUAUUGAAACCUAAUUUUAAGUUACUUGAGUAUUUACGAGUAUGUCUACACUAACAUGUAACAUUUUUUUUUUAUAUACAAUCAAGGUUUUUACCCUUAUUACAACUUUUCAAAAAUAUUAUUGUAUUAAUUAUGAUUUUUAAAAUUUUUUUUAUUUUAAUAUGCUUGUUAAGCUAAAAAAAAUACUGUCUCAUAAUCAUAAGUUGUUAUAAAAGUUACACCACAACUCUCUCAAACAUUUUUUUGUUCUAUUCAGCAUAAGAUUAAUAUAUAAAUGCGUUUGAAUGUAAAAAUAUUGCUAUUAUACCAGCCAAACUAUUUAAUUGAGGAAUGUGGAUUUGUUAAAUAUAGUCGAGUUAAAUAAUGUAA